AUGGCUGAUCAAACAUUAUUAGCAAAAGCUCGCAAAACGCGAUUUGAUGAUCUACCAAAUUUUUCUGGACAUCCUUCUGAGGAUGUCGAACGUUUUUUAAAAAGUAUCAAGAAUAUAACCAAAGCAACUGAUGAAUCAACUAAUCAUGAAAUUCUGGAAAUAGUACGUGGCAAAUUAACUCAAUCAGCAGGAUUAUGGUUCGAUAAUAACGAACAUAAUUUCAAAAAAUGGUCAGAUUUCGAAACGGCAUUUCGAAAUCGAUAUUUUUCUUCAACAUCAAUACACAAAAAAUUUGAUACAUUAAAACAACGAAAACAGUUACCAGAUGAACCAAUUACGUCUUACUGCGAUGAUAUUAUUAAUUUAUGCAAGGAAAUUGAUUCCAAUAUGUCGGAAAAAAUUAUCAUUCAAUAUUUAAUGAGUGGAAUCAAUCCUGAUUUUAGGAAAGAAUUAUCAAGACGUGAAUCAUCUAUUAAUACAUUAAAUGAAUUUUUAAAACAUGCAAAAAUCGAACAAGAUUUACAUGAUACAUUUCGUAAUUUAUCGAUUGAUUCACCACAACUUAAUUUCAAUUUUAAUCGUCCACCAAUUCCAUCAUUAACUGCCACAGUAAAUCCACAAAAACAAUAUCAUUAUCAAAUAAAAUAUAACAAUCCAAUUUCACAUUCAACACAAUUUCAGAGCUCCGUUUCUCGACGGAACUCGGAUCCAGCAUUUGGGAAUCGAACAUCAACAACACCUAAUACAAAACAAAUUCGGAAUUUUUCAUCACAAUC